GGCCAACUCGCCGAUGUGCACUACCAUGUUCAUUGAGUAUGCCAACGAGUACAUUGCCCAGUAUGCCGAAGCAACUCGCGACUUGUGGGUCUCGGAUAUCCUGGACUUGGACAUCGAGUGUGCAAAGAAGGCCUGCUAUGUCAACUCGUUCUACAUGGAUAUGAAUGUAGAUGAGCGCAAGAUCCUGAGAGUGAUAGACUUGACCGAUCUGCAG